CAGAAUAUUGAGCAGGGUCUUUUAUUAACCAACACGGAGAAGUUCUUGUGGUGUAAAAACAAGAGCCAACAGUACACACAAGGUCAAGUUGUGUACAGUGACCUCUGUUCACGAGUUGUGCCUGUUUGUGGAUUUUUACUUCCUAAAAAAAAUGUGAAGAGCAAAGAGCAAGAAAUUCAUAAAAGUCCACUUGUAUUGGUGGAGUCUACUUGCCGCAGUCUUCAAAGUCUUGCCCAGGCAGUUUCCUUUGAGAAAGCUGUGCUGUUGGAAGGACCCAUAGGUUGUGGAAAAACUGCAUUGGUGGAGCAUUUGGCCACAGUGACUGGACGUUUGAAACCACCUGAUAUAUUCAAGGUUCAGCUUGGAGACCAGACUGAUAGUAAGAUGUUGCUGGGAAUGUAUCGGUGCACAGAUGUUCCA